AUGAUGGGCCCGACACAGGACACCCUCUUCCGCUCGGCGGAUAUGAGCCUGACCCAGCUCUAUAUCGCGAACGAAAUCGGACGCGAGGUCGUCAGUGCUCUUGGUGAGCUUGGGCAGGUCCAGUUCAGAGAUCUGAAUGAAGAGACCACCGCUUUCCAGAAGACGUUUACGAGCGAGAUUCGACGAUUGGACAAUGUGGAAAGGCAGCUUCGCUACUUCCACUCCCAGAUGGAGAAGGCCGAUAUCGAGAUGCGGCCUUCGGAAGAAUUCUCCAACAACCUUGCUGCGCCGAUGGCUUCGGAGAUUGACGAGCUUGCCGAGCGAAGCGAGAGUCUCGAACAGCGUGUUUCGUCAUUGAAUGAGAGCUAUGAGGCCUUGAAGAGGCGCGAGGUUGAACUCAUAGAGCGACGUUGGGUGCUGAGGGAAGCUGGCGGCUUUUUCGACCGGGCUCACGGUCAAACUGAUGAAAUCAGACAGUCCUUUGAUAAUGACGAAGCUCCACUUUUGCGGGAUGUUGAACAGCAACCACCAGCAAGGGCUCAAAAUGGAGAUGCCCAGCAACCAUCCUUCUUCGUCAUGGACAUUGGAUUUGUUUCCGGUGUUAUUCCCAGGGAUCGAAUCGGAGCGUUUGAGCGAAUCCUAUGGAGAACCCUCCGCGGCAACCUUUACAUGAACCAGUCCGAGAUCCCCGACCCAAUUGUUGACCCGGCCACGAACGAGGAAAUCCACAAGAACGUGUUCGUUAUAUUCGCUCACGGAAGGGAAAUCAUUGCGAAAAUUCGAAAGAUUUCUGAGUCUCUAGGCGCCAACCUGCACACUGUGGACGAAAAUAGCGAGCUUCGAAGGGACCAAAUUCAUGAUGUCAACACUCGUUUGACUGACGUGGGCAAUGUUCUGCGCAACACGAAGAAUGCACUCGACGCGGAGUUGAGCCAAAUUGCUCGCUCCCUUGCCGCCUGGAUGAUCAUUAUCAAGAAAGAGAAGGCUGUUUACCAUGCUCUUAACAAGUUUUCCUACGACCAAGCUAGAAAGACGUUGAUUGCAGAGGCAUGGUGCCCCACAAACUCUCUUGCUGUCAUCAAGUCGACCCUACAGGAUGUUAACGACAGAGCUGGUCUCUCGGUUCCUACGAUUGUCAAUCAGAUUCGAACGAACAAGACUCCGCCUACAUAUAUGAAGACGAACAAAUUUACUCAGUCCUUCCAACUUAUCGUUGAUGCUUAUGGUACCUCCAAAUACCAAGAAGUCAACCCAGGUCUUCCGACAAUUGUCACUUUCCCAUUCUUCUUCGCAGUCAUGUUUGGUGAUUUUGGACAUGCUCUGCUUAUGACCAUGCUAGCCGUUACCCUGAUUCUAUUCGAAAGAAAACUCGGCAAGUCAAAGCUGGAUGAGCUGAGCUCCAUGGCGUUCUCCGGUCGAUAUAUCAUGCUGAUGAUGGGAAUCUUCGCUAUGUACACCGGAUUAAUUUACAACGAUAUCUUCUCGAAGUCUAUGGACAUCUUCCAGAGUGCCUGGGCUUGGCCAGAAGAAUUCGGCGAAAACGAAACCGUCUUUGCGGAACUAAAGGGAUCAUACAGAUAUCCAUUUGGUUUAGACUGGGGAUGGCACGGAGCUGACAACAACUUGCUUUUCACCAACAGUUACAAGAUGAAGCUUAGUAUCAUUCUAGGUUGGACACAUAUGACUUACUCCCUAUGUAUGUCCUUUGUAAACGCCCGCCACUUCAAGAAGCCCAUCGAGAUUUGGGGAAAUUUCGUUCCAGGAAUGAUCUUUUUCCAGUCUAUCUUUGGAUAUCUCGUCUUUACCAUCAUCUACAAAUGGUCCGUCGAUUGGAACGGGCUCGGCCUACCACCACCCGGCCUCCUGAACAUGCUUAUUUUCAUGUUCCUCUCACCUGGCCGUGUCGAUGACGAGCUCUACCCUGGUCAAGCAACCGUUCAAAAGAUUCUACUUUUCCUGGCGCUUAUUCAGGUCCCAAUACUUCUACUCCUCAAACCGCUGUAUAUUCGCUGGGAGAACAACCGUGCACGCGCCCUUGGUUACAGGGGCCUGAACGAAGCUGCUCACACCAGUGCAGUAGAUGACGACGAUGAACGUGAAAACUUGAUUUCCGGACAGCGUGAUAGCAUGGACGACACCGAUGGCAUUGGUAUGGUCACCCAAGAUAUGGGUGAAGGCGAAGAGCACCAUGAGUUCGAAUUUUCUGAAGAAAUGAUCCAUCAAGUUAUUCACACUAUCGAAUUCUGUCUCAACUGUGUAUCACAUACCGCGUCCUACCUCCGACUUUGGGCUCUCUCCCUUGCUCAUCAACAGCUUUCCUCCGUUCUGUGGAGCAUGACCAUCGGCAAUGCAUUCCUCCAGACUUCUCCCACUCUCCGAGUUAUUAUGACCGUCAUCACAUUCUAUCUCUGGUUCGUCCUCACUAUCUCGAUUCUCUGCGUAAUGGAAGGAACCAGUGCUAUGCUUCAUUCGCUUCGUCUCCAUUGGGUCGAAGCGAUGAGUAAACAUUUCAUUGGUGACGGUAUACCAUUUACUCCCUUCAGCUUUGAGGCUAUACUGCAAGAGGACCCAGUGGACUAG